GCGCGCGCGGCGCGGGGCGGGCGGGAGCGGGCGCGGGGCAGGCGCGGCCAUGGAGGACGUGAGCGCCAAGUUCGUGUCGCAGAAGAUCAGCCGGACGCGCUGGCGGCCCCUGCCCCCCGCCGCGCUGCAGCCCCCCGACCUCUUCGCCACCGGCUCCUGGGACAACGAGGAUAACAGGAUCUCCAUUUGGUCUGUUGGCGACCUUGGAAAUACGGGCCUCAAUGGUGAAUAUCAUGGAGAACCUCAUUUGCUGUGUGACAUCCAGCACAACGGUGAUGUUAUGGAUAUGCAGUUUUUGGAUCAAGAAAGAAUUGUGGUUGCCUCAUCAACAGGAACUGUAACUAUAUUCCGUCAUCAUCAAAAUAACCAGACAUUAUCUGCUGACCACCGGUGGGCGAAAGCUCAUUAUCAUGUGGAUCAAGACACAUCUUGUGGUGGAGCAGCCUGUACAGGAGUCGUCUGCAACAACCCAGAAAUUGUCACUGUUGGAGAAGAUGGUAGAAUAAAUCUCUUCAGGGCUGACCAAAAAGAUGCAGUAAGAACUAUAGACAACGCAGACAGCAGCACCCUCCAUGCAGUGACUUUCCUUCGCACAACUGAGAUCUUGACAGUGAACUCAAUUGGACAGUUAAAAAUAUGGGACCUCAGACAGCAAAGAAAUGAGCCAUCUCAAAUAUUUUCUUUGGCAGGUGACAGAGUUCCACUGCACUGUGUGGAUAGGCAUCCCAAUCAGCAGCAUAUUGUGGCCACAGGGGGCCAGGAUGGAAUGCUGAGUAUAUGGGACAUCAGGCAGGGUACUAUGCCAGUGUCCCUGCUAAAUGCUCAUGAAGCAGAAAUGUGGGAAGUUCACUUCCAUCCCUCUGACCCUGAUCAUUUAUUCACGUGUUCUGAAGAUGGAUCUCUUUGGCACUGGGACACUUCCACAAAUGUAUCUGAAAAACCUUCUUUUCUUCAUCAAGGAGGAAGAAGCACUGCCUAUCUUUCCCACAGUACCAUGAACCAGUCUGUAGUGAGUGCCUGGCUAAGCAAUGAUCCCACCAAAGACCGCAUGGAAAUCACCAACCUGAUUCCAAACCAGACUUUGUCUGUGAAUAGUUUAGAUGUCCUAGGACCAUGCCUGGUAUAUGGUACUGAUGCAGAGGCUAUUUAUGUGAACAGACAACUUUUUGCAUGAAGUGACUGUGGUAUCCCAUUGAAGUAUUGAGCAGCUUGAACUACUGGGAUAUGUCAGGUUCAUUCUUGAUGUUACUCACUGAUCUGUUACCAGCUUGGUCCUGGUGCUGUGGAAGAAGUGAGGUGCUUCACAUUCUGACAGCUGUCACUUGAUGCUCCAGGAUGGGUAACUGAGCAAGCUUACAUGCCAUUUCUUCCCUGCUGCCUGCUUGGUUUUGACAAGCAGGAAAGUAGUCACUAAGGGCAAAAUCUUUGCUGUAAAGUGAUGUCCGUCAUGCACAUAAAAACAGAGGGAAAGAUAAACCCUGAAUUUUUAUUUUUCCCUGUAAAGGUAUUUUUCAAUUUUCAUUCUAAAGCGAAACUGGGCUUUGUGGAAAUUCUUUUUAUGUCACCUGAAAGAGAUGGGGUUUUUUUUAAGCUGAGUUUUUAUAUAUAUAUAUAUAUAGGGGAACAUAACUGUUAAUGUUAGUUCACGAGUUGGAAGGAAAACUGUUCAAGCUAUGAAAUGUGAAAGGUUCUAUAGGAAUCUAAGCAUUCUAGCAACAUUACUUUGAAUUAUUCACAGCUUCAUCAUGGAUGCUAGAUGUUAAAACUUUAUAAUGCACCAGUAAAUCUCCCAACAAAAAAGUGGGGCUUAUAAUUAAGACGUCAUAAUUGACAGAUGUGUUGGCUGUGUUUUCAGGUGUAAGAAUGAGUUUCUAAACUUGAGACAUAGUCUUUGUCACAAAUUCACAUCUGGUUUACUGAAAUCUUUGACAAGUUUUAAAUUUUAUUAUUAGCAUUGUACCUGCUUUUUGUUACUGAGAACCCUUUCUCUUUUUAUUAAAAAGUUUUGCACAAGA